UUUCAUCAUUCCUGUUUAUGUUGAUGUGACGCAGCACGAGACGACGGCUAGGUGUAUUUUCAGUUCAAUUAUGCCAAGAAUCCUGCUUCACAGAAAUACAUACUUGUGAAGGGAACCAAAACAUUCAUUGCUCUGAUCCCCAAGGUGUAUUAAGGUUUAGAGUUAGGAUUAGGUUUUUGGUUAAACUGCACAGUGGCCAGAAAACCAACUAUUUUUAACUGAUGAAUAUAUUUAUCACAAAUCAAAAUGAUUGAGCUUUGUACUAAGAAACGGAUGGCCAUUGCUAUCAUCAUACUAAUUAGUGCGUCAGUUGUCACUGUAGUAGUUGAAAGUAAAUGGUCAUCUCAUCAUGUGAUUAACAAAGAAGCAGAAUUAAGUGCUGUUGCCCAAUCAGAUAAUACUUCCACGUGUGUGAAUGGUUAUGGAACUGUCAUCAACUCCUGUGUAGAAUGCACUGCAUUUGAGUUGAAAUUGGAAAGGCGAUACUGUCAAGAAACAGGUUUAAAAACAUUAAUACGUUGCCCAGAUGGCCGGCAUCUAUACAAGAAUUGCCCAGCAGACACAUGGAAAGAAGAGAAAAAAUUUCUGCUCUUUGAAUGUCUUACAACUAUAACAGGACUUCUCUCUUAUGCUGUAGUCAGAUACAGACAGCGUCGAUUAGAUCAUCUUCUGAUGGAAAAAAUUAACAGACAGAUAGCAGCUGGUCUUUAAUCAGGAUGAGGACAUUGUUGUUGUUGUUAUUUUCAUCAUUAUCAUUAUUAUUAUUGAAGGUGG